AUGGUGCUGCCAAAUUCAUUUAUCGUCCUGUGGACGUUGCUAUUUGUCGGGUUUGCAGAGCCGCAAGAUACAACUUCUUCAACAUCAACGAGCAGCAGAACUUCCAGCUCUAGCUCUAGCAGUAGUAGCAGUGCUAGUGCGAGUUCGAGUGCUGUUGGAGGGGGAGGCGGAGGCGGAGGCGCAUCAAGCAGCGCAAGAGCUACGCCAAGUUCAAGCGCGCCAGCGACUCGAAGCGGUCUGCCAUCGGUCUCCCACGGCUCGUUUAGCGGCAGACCAUCUACCACCGGUGCUCUGAGGGCCAGCUCCGUCGGUACUGGAAUUGUUGUUGGAGGCGUAUCCCCGGCACAGACAACAUACCCUAGCGACGGACAGCUGCAUGACGCUGAGCCUGCUCCAUAUACCCCUGGAGGCGGUCUGGGUCUGAACAGCACUCCUAUUUACAACGCCCAAAGCGAUUUCGAUUAUCAAUCACUGGCGCUUGCUCUCUACCAGGAAUGGAUUGAGCUUGAUCUUUUCCACUUUGGGCUUGCCACCUUUAGUGACUCUGACUUUGAAGAAGCCGGCUUGUCUGCGGAUGACCGCUACCUGAUCCAGUUCAUGGCCGAGCAAGAAAUCGGACAUGCCACGCUCAUCAGCAACAUCCUAGGAGCCGAGGCGCCCCAACAAUGCAACUACAACUACCCGUUCACAACUGUGCGCGAAUUCAUUGACUUCAGCCAAAAGCUCACGCGAUUUGGCGAAUCUGGUGUAUACGGCUUCUUGCCGCAUCUGAACAGUCGCGAAGCAGCCCAGUUACUCCUGCAGAGCAUCAGCACCGAAGCUCGGCAGCAGUUGAUCUUCAGACAAUUCAACGGCUUGUUCCCGAUGCCAAUUUGGUUUGAAGUCGGCGUCCCGCAAUCCUGGGCUUGGACCUUGCUGGCUCCAUAUAUCAGCUCAUGCCCGGAAGGUCAAACACGUCUGAUCUGGCAGAAUUUCCCGGCGCUGUGGAUCCUUGACCAACCCAAUCCUGCUCGCGUGAACGCAUCCCAGGGCUUCAAUGAGACUCUUGGAGCUGGUACAAACACACUAAACAGCACUGGGAUUACGGGAAGCGCAGCCUGUCUGAACCAAACUGGCGGCAAUGACUGCAGUCCCGCGAUUACGCAGAACCGCAGCAUCCCGCUAUCCUAUCCCGGUCGCCAAGUCAAUCUCACAUGGGACACGCCCGGAAAGGAAGUAGGACCUAACAACAGCUACAUCACGUCCUCUUCAGCAGGGACUGCAGCGUAUGUUGUGUGGGUGACGCAGUUGAAUGUGACAUACUCGCCCUUGACGCUGAGCGGCAACUCGUCUGGAUCAACGAUUCAGCCGGAUCUCGAGACGUUUAGCGGUGAUCCAGCGAUUAAUGGAACCAUGUUCAUUGCCAUUACUGAUGAUGACCCAUACUUGACGCCGUUCAACAUCAGUCUGAUCAACGAACAUGUUGUUGCUGGGCCAGCUUUGUACCAAUCAGGUUGA